AUGUACCAUCUCGCAAAGGGGCUCUAUCGGCUAGCUACGAGCAAAGAAGAGUACUCGGUGAUCCUCCUCGGGCUCGACAAUGCCGGCAAGACGACGUUCCACGAGCAGGUCAAGUCCAUCUUCCUGCCCGACAACCCCGAGCCCAAGCUGAAGACGGUGCCGACGGUGGGCCAGAGCGUGUCGACCAUCACGCUGCCCGACAUGUACCUCAAGCUGUGGGACGUGGGCGGCCAGCUGACGCUGCGCAAGCUGUGGCAGAGCUACUACGCGAGCUGCCACGCCAUCGUUUUUAUCAUUGACAGCACCGACAUUGGCGACGGCAACCUCGAGCACGACAGCACGGGCCGGCUGGACGAGUGCCGGCUGGUGCUCGAGGACGUGCUGCAGCACUCGGAAACCGAAGGCGUGCCGCUGCUGAUCCUCGCCAACAAGCAGGACCGCGAGGACUGCGUCGAGGUCGUGCGCAUCAAGGAGGGCCUCGUCAAGCGCGUCUUCGAGGGCGACAAGGCCAGCAGCAUCCGCGACUCGCGCGUCCUGCCCGUCUCCGCCCUCACCGGCACCGGCGUCCGCGAGGCCGUCGACUGGCUGCGCUCCCGCGUCAAGUGGAGCAAGGAGUCUCGACCCCCGGUUAUGAGGUGA